GUGUGUGUUCAGUGCGCACACAUUCAAAAUCGCCAUUUUCUCUCCGAAUCUCUGCCGGUCGAGAACGUUCUGGAAACGUGCUUUAAAACAAUUUGGUUGUGGGCUGUGUAAAUUCUAAAGAAAACCAUACAAAAAAUGGCAACUCAAACUGUAGCAAAACGUCUCUUGCCUUUAUUGGACCGUGUCUUAGUACAACGUGCUGAGGCUAUCACGAAAACCAAGGGAGGCAUUGUUAUUCCUGAGAAGGCGCAAGCAAAAGUUCUCAAGGGCAGAGUUAUUGCAGUUGGACCCGGACAAAGAAACCAAGCUGGUGAACAUGUGCCCUUAGGAAUCAAAGUUGGAGACAUGGUUUUGCUGCCCGAAUACGGAGGCACCAAAGUUGAGCUCGAAGAGAACAAAGAAUUCCACUUAUUCAAAGAAUCCGACAUCCUUGCCAAGUUGGAUAUCGACGAAUAAAUUGCCAAAAAUUUACCAUCUUAUCACAAUAUACCACAAUCAAAGCUGACAUCCGAAGCUGUUUGCUAUAUUAGUAAAAGUUAG